AAGCUCUCAGAUUCUUCAUUUUUACAAUCGUCAUCAUCGACGGAGCAUUUCCGGCGGCAAAAUGUCCGUCGUUUGACGGACUCGAUCAAAACUAUGGAGAUGCUCCAGGUUCUUUCCUAUUACCUAUCGGAGCAUCCCCAAAUCGUUAAUUUCCGUUGGAACAACGUUCAAUCAUGGGGUUCAACUUGGUCCUUCUUAUUUCUAUCGAUCGCUUUUUACAUCACCCUUUCUCUUUUCCUCCAUCUCUCCCUUUCUCUCCUCCUCCGGCGAGGUCGUCCUGUACCCUUAGGUCCAAUCCCCGCCCUUCACAGCCUAUCCAUGGCUUUAAUUUCCUUAACAAUCUUCGCCGGAAUUCUCUUAUCUUCCACCGCCGAGAUCCGUGACACCCGAUGGUUCUGGCGCCGGUCAAAGAUAACACCUUUUGAAUGGCUCUUCUGUUUCCCACUCGGAACCCGUUCAUCCGGACGAGUUUUCUUCUGGUCGUACGCUUUUUACCUCUCAAGAUUCCUCCAAACUCUCCGGUCGUAUUUCAUGAUUCUCCGGCGGAGAAAACUCUCCUUAUUUCAACUAUUGAACAACUCAAUCGUCAUUUCCAUGUCGUUUCUCUGGCUUGAAUACUCUCAAUCGUUUCAAGUGUUUGCCAUAUUGUUGACGACCUCUGUUUACGCUGUCGUUUAUGGGUAUAGGUUUUGGACGGCGAUUGGGCUUCCGGGCGCUUGUUUUCCGUUUGUAAUUAGCUGUAAGAUUGGGCUUUUGAGCUGUAAUGUUUUGUGUCAUGUCGGAGUUUUGUUGCUUCAUUUGUUUAAAGGUGGAUGUAAUGGAAUUGGAGCUUGGGUUUUCAAUUCGGUGCUUAAUGGUUUGAUUUUGAUGUUGUUCUUGAAUUUCGUUGUGAAGAUGCAUCUUAUGAGUAAGACAGACUGGCGAUCGACCGGUGGAGAGAGAAAGACUAACUCGGCGGCGGCGGUGGAUGCGGAGGAAUUAGUCCGGAUCCGGUGAGAUCGAUGAACUUACGGCGGCGGGUCUUACGAUGGAUUUUUUUCUAAUCUCAAAGGUAUAUAUAAUGUAAUGGCAUAGAAUAGAGUAAGGAGAAAUGUAUUAUAAGUUAUGUCUACAAAUUAGACUCUUAGAUAAAGCUUAGGGACUUUGUAUGAAAAUAAUGACUAGCCAUUGCAAAAUACAAACUA